UAAACCUGCUGGUCGAUGACGUGGAGGGAAGGAACAAUUGCUAAUGCCUUAUACGCCUUUGGGCCUCUUGUGGAAUAUAUCCUUGGUAAAGUAUCACUAAUACGGCGCCAAGAUGUCGAACCAGGACUACCAGUACGAACACCUUGGUCUUCUCCACGAGAUGUUCCAGCGGCAGGUAGCCGCAACCCCAGAUCGCGUGGCUGUGGUCCAAGGACACCGGUCAAUCACUCUGAAACAGCUCGACCGCCUCACGGACAUUCUGGCCAAGAAUCUCCUCAUUAAUGGGGUCAAGCCCGAUGCGACAGUUGGGAUCUAUAUGGAGAAGUGUAUAGAGUAUACCAUUAGUUAUAUUGCCAUUUUGAAGGCGGGCGGUGCGUACAUGCCUCUCGAUGUCUCCUACCCGCAUCACCUCCUCGAGUCCAUCUUUGAUGACGCCACGCCUACAGCUGUCUGCACCAACCACGAGUUCAGGGCGGGAAUAUCAGAAGGGUGUCCCUUCCCAUUGAUAUCACUUGACGAGGGUUGGGAGGCGGCCCUUGCGGAGGAGAAUAACAACACUACAGUCCCCGAGAGCUUGCCCCUGACUCUGGACAAUCUUGCCUAUACGGUCUACUCAUCGGGCACAACAGGAAAACCGAAAGGCAUUCAAUGUCCACAUCGGGGAGCUGUCUUCUCCUACACCUGGCGUCACGAAAACUACCCCUACAAAGAUGACGGAGAAGACAGGGAGGCCUGCAAUGUCUUCUACACCUGGGAGAUGUUGAGACCAAUUCUUAAAGGCGUGCCGAUGUAUAUCAUCCCAGACAAUGUGAUCUAUGAUCCUGUCCUCCUGUGCGACUUCCUCAAGAGUAAUAAGAUCACCAGGAUGUUGUUUACCCCGUCCCUGCUCGAGGCUGUCAUUGAUGCGGGGUUAAACAUACAGCACGCCAUGAAAACAAUGAGGGAAAUCUUGUUCUGCGGCGAAGUGGUGACCACAGUACUCCUCGAUCGCUGUGUGAAGGCCUUACCUCACGUCAACUUCAUCAAUCUCUACAGUAUUUCCGAGUCUCAUGACGUGGCCUAUGGUGACUUGACAAAGUGGAUUGAACACGAGGGAGAACGCAUCAAAGAUCGAAAGUUCUCUCCUGUCGGUAAGGUAUUACCCGGCGUUCAAAUCGCCAUCAUGAAUGAAAAGCUCAAACCACAACCGGUCGGGAUUUCUGGAGAGAUUUAUAUCGGUGGUCCCACGUUGGCACGUUGCUACCUCAACCGCCCGAAGCUCAAUGAAGAAAGGUUUAUCAAGCGACCGAGUCACCUUGAUGAAAAGUUUGGCGACCGUUUGUACAAGUCUGGCGACUGGGGGUACAUGUUGGUGGACGGAAGCCUGGAGAUCUGCGGCCGAUGUGACUCCAUGGUGAAGAUUAGAGGCUACUCCGUAGAAGUACAGGCGGUAGAGGCAGCCCUCCUCGACCUUCCCAUGGUGAAUACCGCUGUGUGUCUUGUGGAAGGCGAUGAGGGGGAAGAUAAACUUCUGAUCGCCUACGUGGUCCCCGAGGGAUCAACGUCCAAGAAGGCCUUGAGAGCAGCACUGAAGAGGGUUCUACCUUUCUAUAUGAUACCAUCUUACAUUGUGUUUUUGGAAAGUUUGCCAAUUCUCGCUUCGUCCGGUAAACUUGACAAGAAAGCACUUCCAGCUGUCGACAAAGCGUGUGAAACCGAGAUAGACGCCGAGGGUCAGCCUAAGACGCCGCUCGAGAAGACUCUAUGUACUAUCUGGAUGGAUAUACUCAAACUCAAGACCAUUGAUACGCAGGAGAGUUUCUUUGAUCUUGGAGGCCAUUCCCUCCUCGCCGCCCGCCUGCUCUCAAAACUGAAUAACGAGAUCGGCCUGGAGAUCACCGUUCACGACCUCUUUCUGCACCCGACAGUCUCGAGGCUGGCGAACCUGGUAGAGAGCAAACAGGGCAAGACUACUGAAGAACUCUCCGAAUCGUCUCUGGACUUAAUGAAUGAGGUCAACCUCCAUGACCAAGCAAUCGUAAGCCACAUGAUCGGGACCGUCCGAAUUGACAUGCAGCUGCGAGCAUUCUGGCGCUCAGUUCAGUACGGACAUCGCUGGAGCAAGGGGCGAGUCCUGCUGACGGGAGUCACCGGAUACCUCGGGGCGUUCCUCCUGAAAGACCUGUUACUCCAUAGCGGUACCAGCGUGUAUUGUUUCAUCCGAGAUGCCCCUGGUGUCCAAGCCAUUGACCGCCUGAAAGAAUCUCUCGCCAGAUUCAAUUUGUUGAGCACGGAGGGCGCGGCACCUACGGAUGAACAGCAACAACUGGAAGGGGAGGUAGCCAAGCGGGUUUACAUCAUCAAAGGCGACAUAAGCUUACGUAACCUCGGCCUAACUGAGGAGGAGUUCCAUUACCUUAGCACUGAGAUUGAUUUUGUGAUACACGCCGCCGCAUACGUCAACUUGAUUUACCCCUACCAGGCACUACACGGACCUAAUGUCCUGGGGACGCAGCACGUACUUAUAUUUGCAUGCACAUCCAAAAUGAAACCAGUCCACUACAUAAGCACUGAUGCGGUCUUCCCUCACGGCCUAAAGAACUGUAAAGAGAGUGCGGACAUGACGGGGCACCACCAGAAGCUAGAGGAUGGCUAUUCACAGACCAAGUGGGUAGCGGAACAGUUGGUGUUACGGGCCAAGGAUCGAGGACUUCCAGUCGCUAUUUACAGGCUAGGGAACCUUUCGGGCGAAAGUGAAAAGGCCUAUUGGAACCCGCAGGAUUUCAACCUGCGCAUGUUACAGACCUGUGCCAACCUUGGGGUCGCCCCAGUCGUCGACUGGAAAGUCGAGAUGACGCCUGUCGACUUCGUGAGUCGAUGCAUCGUCGACCUGACUCAAAACAUCAUAUUGGGUCUGGGGAAGAUUUUUCAUGUCAUCAAUACCUCACCAAUAAAAUCACAGUGGUUGUUCGAAUGGAUGAACGCCCAUGGAUACCCGCUGCAGAUGGUUCCUUUCAGCGAGUGGGUCAACAGGGUUCGAGAUUCAAAGCUUGGGCUCAUUGAUGGCCUGAUUAAAGAUUUUGCCAGAGACGAUUCUUUCUUCGCAAGACUGUCCACAUACCGCAAUGAUAACCUUCAGUCGGUCCUUGCGGAGAUGAACAAGACCUACCCAGAGGUCAGCCCCAGUCUACUCAGUAUCUACUUCAGCAACCUGACUUCCCGAGGAGUCAUUCAAGCUCCACAAGCAACCAGAAAUGUGUCGACGAAUCAUCAUGCUCCCCUGAAUGGCAAGGUGGCCAUCGUAACGGGCUCUUCUAGUGGUAUCGGGGCUGGGAUAGCCAAAGGUCUUGCCCGGGCUGGCAGCAAGGUUGCCUUGGCGGCCAGGCGGGUCGAAAUGCUGGAGAAGACCAAGCUGACGAUAGAACAAGAUGGCGGCAUGGCUAUUGCAGUAAUGGCAGAUGUCACGUCAAGAGAAGAUAUGAAAGAAUUGGUCCGUCACACAGAGACAAGCUUGGGUCCUGUUGAUAUCUUGGUCAACAAUGCUGGCGUCAUGUAUUACACGAUGAUGAAAAAUCUAAAGGAAGAUGAGUGGGAGAGGCAAGUCGAUGUCAAUUGCAAGGGAGCAAUGAAUGGUGUCGGGGCGGUGCUACCGGGUAUGCUUGACAGAGGAUCAGGACACAUCGUUAACAUUACAUCAGAUGCCGGACGAAAGCCUUUCCCUGGCCUUGCAGCGUACACAGGAAGCAAAUUCUUCGUGGAGGGAUUUUCCCAGGCGAUGCGGAUGGAGCUGAAAGAUACGGGCAUCCGGGUAACUUGUAUACAGCCCGGAGAUGUCAGCACCGAGCUUAUGACACAUUCCACAGAUAAUGAGGCCGUCGAGAGCUGCAGCGACAGCUCAGGAGAAAAGAAGCUGGAACCAGAAGACAUUGCUAACGCUGUAGUGUACGCCUGCUCUCAACCUUCAUAUGUUGCAGUCAACGAAAUCCUAGUGGAACCAAGGCAUGCACCGGCAUAAGAAUUUCUAAUAAACACCGGUCUAGACAUUAUGGUCUAUCUUGAGGUUAUGGUGCCAUGAUCGCUAUUCGUCAUAGUAAGAUAAAACGCUUUUUGGUCAUGGGACCUGCGUCUUCGUCAUUCAACACUUUAUUCCUGCUGCUGCCGUACAUGACAUGUUGUGAGCAGUGUGAGUGUACGAGGAAGUAGAUUCGUUGUUAUUGCUGUAAAAGACUAAUAAAAUCACUAACUUGUAUA